AUGAAGAAAAAGGUAUUGUUGAUGGGUAAAAGUGGUUCAGGCAAGACGAGUAUGAGGUCUAUCAUAUUUGCAAACUACAUAGCAAGAGAUACACGCAGAUUGGGUGCCACAAUUGAUGUAGAACAUUCCCAUGUAAGGUUUCUUGGGAACCUUGUGCUUAAUCUUUGGGAUUGUGGGGGCCAGGAGGCUUUUAUGGAGAACUACUUUGCAUCACAAAGAGACAACAUAUUUAGAAAUGUUGAAGUCUUAAUAUAUGUUUUUGAUGUUGAAAGCCGUGAAAUGGAAAAAGAUUAUCAUUAUUACCAGUCUUGCUUAGAAGCUAUAUUACAGAACUCACCAGAAGCAAGAAUUUUCUGUUUAGUUCACAAAAUGGAUCUAGUUGCUGAGGAAAGGCGAGAUGAAAUAUUUAAGAGUCGUGAAGAGGAUCUUAAAGGGCUUUCAAAGCCGUUAGAGUGCACAUGCUUUAGAACAAGUAUUUGGGAUGAAACACUAUAUAAAGCGUGGUCGAGUAUAGUAUAUAAAUUAAUACCCAAUGUCAAAGUGUUGGAGUCAUCGCUCAAACAGUUUGCUGCAAUUGUUGAUGCUGAUGAGGUACUCCUAUUCGAGCGAGCCACAUUCCUGGUGGUGUCCCACUGUCAACGGCGAGCCCACAGGGACGCUCAUCGCUUCGAAAAGGUUUCCAAUAUCGUGAAACAGUUCAAAUUGUCCUGCUCGAAGCUGGCGGCGCAGUUUCAAAGCAUGGAGGUCCGCAAUAGCGCUUUCGCGGCCUUUAUCGACGGCUUCACGACCAACACGUACGUCAUGGUGGAGCUGUCUGAUCCGAAAAUCCCCUCUGAAGCGACGCUCCUCAAUAUACGCAACGCCAGGCGGCAUUUUGAGAAGCUCGAGAAGGUCUCGGCGGACCAUUACCACUGA